AUGUUGUCAGAAAAUGCCUCACUUCUUGGUAUGUAAGGGCAACUUACCACAACAAAUAAAGAUAAUAUAUAGACGCUGCUAACCUAGCAAAAUACAGAAAGGGAAAAGGAUUUAAAUACUAAUUAACCCAUAAAAAAUGAGAAUCCUACAGUUAUGAGUCCAAGCAUAAAAAGUAUUAAUAAAGGAAAAAAUAAUUCUGAUAAAAAGAAUCCUCCAGCUGAAAAGCAUGGUAGAAUAAAGUUAUCCCCGAUUGAAAAUAUAAAAUAAGAUGGCGAGGGACAUGAAUUUACUUUAGACCAGCAAAGCAAUUACUUUAAAAGUGGAAGAAAAAUAAGAUUAAGCAUUUAAUAAUAGUAAAAUCUUUAAGGAGGAUAGGCUUAGGCUUAGGUUUAGGUUUAGGGAGCUAUUUCAAAUUAAUCUUCAAAUUUUUUGGUAUCGCCAUCUAAUACAUUUCUGAAUAAAGAAAAUGAAGAGACUUAGCAUAUGAUUGACGCUAAGCUCAUUCUAGAAGGAGGGUAAACUUCAAGAGCAUUCAUUUAAAAGAAUGAUUCAGAUAUUUAUUAGUAGAAAUAAGGUAAUCAUGUAAUUUAAGAAGAAACCCCUAAUAUUUUAGUCAAUACUCAAUCAGUUAGAUCAAUUCCAAGUUUUAUGGAGAAGCUAACUUUAAAAUCAAAGACAAAGACAUUUUCUUCCUUUUUGCCAACAAUAUUUAGCAAAUAAGGUGGAUUAUAGAAGUUAAGCACCAUAGUUCCAGAAAAAAGUGUUGAAUCUAAUUUAUCUAAAAUGGUAAGGUUUGUGAAACUGAAGAAACAAGCAGUUGAAAUGAAAAGAUUCUUUGUAAAGUCAUAACAUUACAAAAACAUUAUGACUCAAUUCAGCAAUCCCUUUUUUAAAAUUUUAGAUGAUCUAAGUGCUAAUUCGAUUGACAAUAGCAAUACUACAUAUUUCUUCCUCCAUCUAAUUAGAAAUCUUAAAUUGUAUUAAAUCUUAGUUAAGUUAAUAAAAUAUAUUCCGGUAAUAGAGCCAUCAAGUAAAUUUAAGUUAGUAUGGGAUUUAUUAAUUGGAACUGUUUUUAUGACUUACUUUUUUAUAAUCCCUAUACAUGUUGCUAUUAAUGUUUCUAUCCAUGAUCUCAUUACUCCUUAUGUAGGUUACACUUUACACUUAAUGAUGCUAAUUGAUAUUCUUUUUUCUAUGGUGACAGGAUAUUUUGAAAAAGGAGUUAAUGUAAACAACAAAAAAAAGAUUUUUAUUUAUUAUAUAAAAUAUUAUUUCUGGAGUGAUGCAAUAGCUUAAAUUCCCCUUUUAAUUAGUGAGUUAGGCAACUAAGAUUCUUAAGUGGAAAAGGUAUUUGUCCUGCUCUUCUUCGUAAAACUUAGGAACUUUUAAAAGAUUUUCAGAAAAUUUGAAGACAGCUUUCAUCUCACUCCAAAAACUUCUAAUAUUAUAUCUCUUAUAAAGCUUAUUCUUAACAUUUUGUUUUUUUCCCAUAUUUUUGGAUGCAUUUGGUUGUUUAUCGGUCUCUAAGAAUAUCACUUAAAUCAAAAUAAUUGGAUGCGAAAAAUUGGCAUGGAAGAUGAUAUAUGGGCGAAUUAAUAUAUAGCUGCAUAUUAUUUUUCUACAGUUACUAUGAUCACUGUAGGGUAUGGCGAUAUUGUUCCAUCAAAUAAUUUUGAGAGAGUUGCAAGUGUUGGCACUAUGCUUAUAUCAUGUGUUAUUUUUGCUUACACAAUCAGUUAAAUUGGUUAAAUUUUCUCUGAUUUAUUUUCAUAAGAUAGAUAAAUGAAAGAAUUCUUCUAUAUCAUUAAUGACUAUAUGGACAAUAAGAAUAUUAAUUUCUCUUUGCAGUACAGGAUUAGAGAAUAUUUAGAUUACUACUGGAGAGAGUAAGACCAAAAUAAAAGUGACUUAGAAAAAAAAAUUAUUGAUUCAUUAAGUGAUAAUUUGCGUGAAAAACUUAUGGUCGAAGCAAAUAGAAUAGUUUUUAAGGAUUACGGUAUUUUCAGUGCUAACUUCAAUAGCUCAAUUAUUCUUAAAAUGAUUCCCAUCAUUUAGAUACUACAUACUACACCAAAUUAAAUUAUCUUUUCUGAAGGAUAGUCAGAUGAUGAUAUGUUUAUUUACUUUGUAGAAAAAGGGAAGGUUGAAAUUUGUCGAGAAUAUAACUCAGAAAACAACGAAGGAGAAAAAAUUUAUAAAAAAAUUGUUAGUUUAGGACCUGGAGCAUGUUUCGGAGCAUGGAGUUUUUUUACUAACUAGGAUCGUAAAGAAAUGGCUAGGAGUUUAGAAUUUUCAAAACUGUUAAUGAUCAGAAGAUCUGAUUUCUUGCAAUUAAUUUCAGAUAUGCCUUAGGAAAUGGAGAAAUUUAACAAUAUUAAGGAUGCUAUUAUAUUUGAAAAUAACCAGGAGUUUUUAGAAGUGAAAUGUCAGUGCUGCUAGAGUUACAAUCAUGAAAUAUAACAUUGCCAUUACUUUCAUUACUCGCCUGAUAGAUAUAUAAUAAUAAAAAAAGAUAAUAAAAAGUAUUUGUAUUAGCAUAGAGAUUCUAAAUUCUAUAGAAAGAGGAUAGUCACUUUUGGGUACUUCACAUCUUCAAAAGAAUAAAAUAUAGCAGCAGAAAAAUGGAGGAAUUAAAACACAGAAACUAUGGAUUAUUAUUAUUAGUAAUAUUUGAUGUUUGAUGAACUUUAUGGCGAAGAUUUUUCAUAAGAUGAUGAAUAUGAUGAAGAUGCUUUAAAGUACAAUAGCAGCGAAGAUAGUGUCAAUGAAAAUGAUGAGGAAGAUACUGAAACUUACUAUGAUGAAGAUAAUAGUGUGAGUAUAAAUAGCAAAAAAAGUAAUAAAAAAAAAUACGAUUCUGUAAUUAAUGAGGAAGGAGAAAAUGAGUAGAAUUCAUCCUACUAAAUUUAAAAGAAUAACACGAUAUCAUAAAUGAAUUAAGAACUAAAUAUGUCUAUAGUUAACUCAACUGAAAUACAAGAUGUAGGCUAGUACGCUAUGCAAAAAAGCUACUAAAAUCAAGAAGUCGAAGAAGAUUAAGAUCAUGUUAGAUAAAGAAAGAGAUAAAUUACUAGUAUUUUUAACAAAAUGCACCUUUCUAAGCUUGUAGAAUAAGAUGAAUCUUUACCUUCGUAAAAUAAUAUAACUUCUGAAAAAGGUUCUUCGGGAUUAAACACUAGAAAGUUUGAUAAGAUUCUUAAUUCACUUGGUUAAGAGACUCGUGAUGAAUGCUAGAGAUCGCCAAAUAUAAUCCAAAAAAAGAAUGAUAGUAAUUAGUAAAGUAACAGAAGUAUUAAGAUGGAGUAGAGUAUAACAGGUAAAAAUAAUAAUGAAAAUCUUAAUAGCUCUGAUGCUAACAUAAUUAAAAGAGCUGGAUUUAAGCAGUUAACAGUAAUGACAAACUCAGAUUUAGGAAGUAUAAGAACAAUUAAUAAAAUACCUAUUGCUACUAACUUAUCUCCUAAAACAUUAAAAAAACAAGGAACUCUAUAAAUGCAUGAUAGAGAAAUGUCUAUAGGUUGCUUUUCUGAUUAAGAAUAAUCUCCUCAGCUUUUAUUCAUAGCUGAUUUAGAUAAUUUUGAUCUAAGUAAAAAAUCUAGCAAGCAAGAACCUGGAAAAGAUCGUUUAAUAUUAGAUUCAAGAAACUAAAUUGAUGAUUUUAAUAUAGAAAAAGAAGAAAAAAGCACCACAAAAAACACAGGCUAGAUAAUGAAAUAGCCUAGAGAAAUAAUGGAUAGUUAGCAACAAAAUAUUUCUAGCAAAUAAAAUUAAUAGCAAAACUUAAUACCAAACAUCAAAGAAUUAGCUUUAAAAAAUUAAGAAAGCAGCAACAAUCCUAGGAAGAUUAAAAAAGAAAAAAGUGUUAAAAUUAAUAGUUUGAAUGAAGAAGGUUUGAAAAGAAAAAGCUCUUAAAGGUCAUAAACUCUAAUAUCAAAUUCCUAAUCAGAAAUAAAGAGCUCUAAAAGGAUAUCGUUUUCGAACAUAGCAGAUGGCUUUAACUAAGAUAUUAACAGUAAAAGAAGAAAAUCAAACAAAUCAAAAGACUUUAAUGAAUUAUUUUAAAAGGCUUCUGAAAAUUAAAAUAAAUUACCUUAAGAAUAGCAAAGUCCUCUUAAGAGACGAAAAGAAGAUCAAUUGAGCAGAGAAAGAAGAAAAAGCAGAACUUCUCAGAACGGGCUUGAAAUGAUUAGAAACAUUACUCUAACUGAGCAGAUGAUUUAAAAUGAAAUCAUGCCUAAUUCAGAUAAAAAUAAAAGAAAAUCAUGCCAAAAUAGAUUUGGAGAAUACGAAAUCAAGCACUCAGAAAUUCAAAAUACAUUCUCUCCUAGCAUUAAAAGGAGAUCGAUAGAAAAAAUUGAAAAUCUUAGAUCUUAAUCAUUUAAGAAUUUAGGAAUAUUUGCAUCAAAAAGUGUAAAUAACUAAGUUGGAAAAUAAGGAAUUUCUAUGGUAUAAAGCCAUCAGCCUUAAAAAUUAAUUCAUUUAAUUUAAAAUUAAGAAAACUCUGAAAAUGGCAAAUAUUUUAACAAUUAAGGUAAUUAACAAAUUAUAAAUUUAAAUAAAAAUGGAAAAAAAAUAAGUAGAAUUGGUUAAAACCUUAUUAAUCUCCAUUAGAAUGAGGCUCAAUUUGAGGAUAUUAAUCAUGACAAAAAUAUUCAAUCAAAUAAGGAUUACAAAGAUAGCUAAGUAUCUGAAGAGUCUACUCCUUACGGAGAUCACGAUGAUAAAGGUAAAAAGAAAGCUAUGCAUUCUAAAGAUAAAUAAAAAGGAAAGCUUCCUUCUUAAUCCAGCUUUAAGAAAAAUAAAACUAACAUGACGACAUAAGACACAUAGAAUUUAUCCCCUUCUGCAAGAAACCCAAAUUUCUUAUUUCCUGGAGCAAAAAAUUAGAAACAAGAUGUGAAUUCUCCCUUAAGCCCAAUGCCAUCUCCAAGAUAAACUUCACAUGUUGUCAAGAAUAAUGUUUUAAACUUUAUCUAAAAGGCGAAGAUUGCUAGCUAAUUAAAUAGAAGCAAUAAUGAAAGUAUUAGCUCCUAAUAGAAAAGCAGACAAGGAGACCAAUCACCAACAUCAGCUAUCAGCAUAAAAAAAUAGCAGUUGCACAACAUGAAUUUGAUAAAUAAGAUAGAAUCUCAAGAAGAAUUCAAUUUCUUGCAGAGAAAGAAUUUGAUAGAUCAGUAAAAUAUCUUAAAUUAAAGAAAACACAGUGGAAAUGGAGUAAACAUGGCAAAUUCUAUUUCUCAAUUCAGAUAAAAUUAUUUAGGAGUCGGGAAAAGUGGUUUCAAAAUGAAUGAGAUGGGAACUCCGCUUAUGAAAGGAAGUAAUGAUACUAUCAAAAAUACACACUCUUAAUAUUAAAAGCAGUAUUCAAAUAUAAAAUUGCAGCUAUUGCCUUAACUUAGCAGUAGUAAUUAUGACCAAUAAAUGCUGAAUAACAAUAAUCUUAUAAACAUAGUUCCUAUUAGCAAUUAGUCUACUUAAUUUUAAAACCUUCAAGGCAGUAAUCUUUAAUUACAGCAAUUAUAGUUGUAAAACUAAUCAGAAAGUGCCAAUUAUUAGUAAAAUGAAAACGAUUUAGAAACACUAUUCACAAUCAUGUCUUUUGAUGAAUUAAAAUAAUUUUAGCAUUACUUCCCUAAAGGAAAUUAUCUGAGAGUAAUUGCAAAGGCUAACAAAAUUAUUGGAAAAUAAUUUUCUAAACUCAUAAAAGCUUUAAAAAAAUAAAAAGCAAACAAAUAACGCAAAGAUGAUUAAAAUAUCAAAGAAAAUAGAAGAGGAUCGUACUUGUAGAAAAAAUAAAUACUGUAAAAGAAGAAAUCAAAUGGAUUUGAAACUCCUAAUGUAGGCAAAUAAAAUACUAAAAAUAGAAGUGGUUCAGAUGAAAAAAUAGGAACAAGAAAUAGAGUAAAUAGUUUUGCCUUAAACCGCAACAAUCUAGAAGAGAGCUAGUAUUCUUAGGGUAGUGACCUAAAUAAUAACAAACAUAGCUAAAAAGAUAGUCCUUAAUCAAAAGAAUUUAUACCAAUUAAACUUAAUUCUGAAAUUAUAGAUAAAAAUAUACAAAAUAUAGUAAAUUUAGCAUAGUUUGACAGUAAAAAAGCCCUGUCACCGAUAUAAAAAUCUAUUUUUAAUAGGUAAAACCCUUAAUUUUGA